AUGUCCAGUGCUGAAGAACUGACCAGAGAUGCUCUUGCUCCGUUUCUCAAGCAUGAAGAGGAGCAGCAGUCCACUGAGAUCGGAGUGUCUCCUUUUCAUCAUGUGCUUUGUGCAGCCACGUCUCCAGCUAGUAUUGUGCGUGUAGUUUUCCAUGACCGGCGGCUGCAGUACACAGAGCAUCAGCAGCUGGAGGGAUGGAGGUGGAACCGACCAGGAGACAGAAUCUUGGAUAUAGAUAUCCCGUUGUCAGUGGGCAUAAUGGAGCCUCGAGCCCACCCACUGCAGCUCAACACCAUAGAGUUUCUCUGGGAUCCUGACAAAAAUGCCUCCGUGUUCAUUCAGGUAAACUGCAUCAGCACUGAGUUCACUCCUAGAAAACACGGUGGAGAGAAGGGUGUCCCCUUCCGCAUUCAGAUAGACACCUUCUCAGCCGGCGAGCACGGAGAAUACACUGAACACAUGCUCUCUGCCAGCUGCCAGGUCAAAGUCUUCAAGCCGAAAGGCGCAGAUCGCAAACUCAAGACUGACAGAGAGAAGAUUGAGAAAAAGAGUCCUCAGGAUAGAGAAAAAUAUCAACCAUCCUAUAAAACGACAGUGCUGACUGAGUGCUCCCCUUGGCCUGAAGCCCCAUCAGUCAGCAGAACAAGCAACACUCCAUCUCCUGGUUAUCACAUUGCUCACACUUCUUACAGCUUCCCAGAAGAAAACUGCUCUCCAGACCAGCAGGGGGACCUACAUUUGCCCAGCUGUUCUGAUCACCUGUUGCCAUCGUCCUCCAUGCAGGACACGCAGCAGUGGCUCCAUGGUAAUAGGUUCUCCUCUUUCUGCAGGCUCUUCUCUGGCUUCUCAGGUUCUGAUCUGCUAAAAAUGAGUAGAGAAGAUUUCAUUCAGAUCUGUGGUCCUGCUGACGGCAUCCGUCUUUUCAAUGCAAUCAAAGGAAGGUGUAUACAACCUCGUCUCACUGUCUAUGUAUCCCAGCUACAGAACAGGAACCAACUGCACACCAAAGCAGUGGUGUACCAUGCUCUCUACCUAGAGGACCUUACUGUCCUUGAGCUCACUGAGAAGAUAGCCAAUCUAUAUAAUGCUCCCUCACAGCAAAUCUGUCGCGUAUACAGACAGGGGCCGACGGGGAUCCACGUCUUGGUUUCAGAUGAGGUAAGAGGGCAGAGAGUGCUUAAAAUUGAGUCCGAACAUUCCAGAGAUUACAGAUCAUUUGCGAAAUGUUGGUUAUAUAACUUGUCCAAGGAGUAGUUCAUCCAAAAGUUUGGGGUUGGUAAGAUU